AUGUUGUGGUUGGUUUAUUUGUUUUUGGUUGGGGUGGUGUUUGUGUGGGGGGGGGGGGGGGGGGGGGGGGGGGGGGGGGGGGGGGGGGGUGGGGGGGGUGGGGGGGGGGGGGGGGGGGGGGGGUGGGGGGGGGUGGUGUGUGGUGGGGGGGGGGGGGGUGUGGUGGCGAGUGGGGGGGGGGGGUGGGGUGGGGUGGGGGGGGGGGGGGGGGGGUGGGGGGGGGGGGGGGGGGGGGGGGGGGGGGGGGGGGGGGGGGGGGGGGGGGGGGGGGGGGGGGGGGGGGGGGGGGGGGGGGGGGGGGGGGGGGGGGGGGGGGGGGGGGGGGGGGGGGGGGGGGGGGGGGGGGGUGGGGGGGGGGGGGGUGGGGGGGGGGGGGGGGGGGGGGGGGGGGGGGGGGGGGGGGGGGGGGGGGGGGGGGGGGGGGGGGGGGGGGGGGGGGGGGGGGGGGGGGGGGGGGGGGGGGGGGGGGGGGGGGGGGGGGGGGGGGGGGGGGGGGGGGGGGGGGGGGGGGGGGGGGGGGGGGGGGGGGGGGGGGGGGGGGGGGGGGGGGGGGGGGGGGGGGGGGGGGGGGGGGGGGGGGGGGGGGGGGGGGGGGGGGGGGGGGGGGGGGGGGGGGGGGGGGGGGGGGGGGGGGGGGGGGGGGGGGGGGGGGGGGGGGGGGGGGGGGGGGGGGGGGGGGGGGGGGGGGGGGGGGGGGGGGGGGGGGGGGGGGGGGGGGGGGGGGGGGGGGGGGGGGGGGGGGGGGGGGGGGGGGGGGGGGGGGGGGGGGGGGGGGGGGGGGGGGGGGGGGGGGGGGGGGGGGGGGGGGGGGGGGGGGGGGGGGGGGGGGGGGGGGGGGGGGGGGGGGGGGGGGGGGGGGGUGGGGGGGGGGGGGGGGGGGGGGGGGGGGGGGGGGGGGGGGGGGGGGGGGGGGGGGGGGGGGGGGGGGGGGGGGGGGGGGGGGGGGGGGGGGGGGGGGGGGGGGGGGGGGGGGGGGGGGGGGGGGGGGGGGGGGGGGGGGGGGGGGGGGGGGGGGGGGGGGGGGGGGGGGGGGGGGGGGGGGGUUGGGUGGGUGGGUGGGGGGGGGGUGUUGGGUGGGGGGGGGUGGGUGUGUGGGUUUGUGUUUGUUUGGGUGGGGUUGUGGUGUUUUUUGGAUUUGUUGUGGGAAGGGUAAGUUUGAUUAAGGAUGUGAUGGGAUGA